AACGAUGCAUGGCUUAGAAUUAUGCGAUUGGCAACUGCAUUUUCCAAAUGUAAAGAAAUACAACCUGUAAGUCUCUCUCCAUCUAUAAAUCUAUCAAAUAACUCCUUGAAUGAAAUUCAUCUAGUAUGAUGCUUCUGUUGUUUACUAUACAAAAUCAUGAUGUAAGUCUCUCUGUUGAACAGCAUUUCAACCCUUUGCCUGAGGAUUACUCCGUUUCUAUUGUCUAUCCUGGACAUGAAAUUCCAGAGCAGUUCAGGUGUCAAACAGAGGGAUCUUCAAUAGAUAUCAAGCUUCCUGUGCAUCCGUCUCAUACAGAUACAAACUUGUGUCAACUCGUUCUGGGCGUUGUUCUUACAGUCAACGAAUGUGAUGAAGAUGAGCAUGAAUAUGAUGUCACGCAUGAAUACGACUGGUGUAAACAGUGUUCCUUCAAACAGCUUAUAUUCAUUCCUGACAUUAUCGACGUCAAGUGUAGAUUCAGUUUCACCACCAACAAUGCUGACAGCUCUGAAUUGGAUUUCACUCUUCCUUCGCCCGGUCCUUUACCAGGUACUCGAUACUAUAAAAAUAUUAAGAAAAUGCCAUCACGGUUUGACACAUCUCAGGUGUUUAUAUGGUAUUUCGCACACUGGUCCAGUUAUGUUCGCAAUGCCAGCCAGGCCUUGUUGAACUUUUACUUGGAACAUAAAACAUUAGGCUGUUGUUUCGAUCGCAUUAAGGUGAAAAGGUGUGGGGUGUGCUUGCUGUCUUCCCAAGGCGAAGAUGUUAAACUUGAAGAGGUCAAUCAAGAUGUUGGAGAACCAAAUUGAGAGGCCAGAGCAGGUUAUUUCAACAAAUUAGAGGAGCUGCGAUCAGUGUGAUGUGUGUAGAAGCGUUGCAGUUGCUCUCUUGGAUUAGCUUCACUCAAUGUUUUGAUGAGGCAGACUAAUGUCACUGAAUUUGAUUCCUGAUGAGGCAGACAAAUGGAGACUGCAGGACCAGCUGACAGUGACAUUACCAUGCUACUGAUGCAAGGUAAUAAAACUUCUAAACCAAGGCAUCAGUUGUUUCGAAGGAAGAUGCUCUUAAUCCCCAGAGAUUUAUGGACUGGCUAGCAGGAUCUUCCAUUAGUUGGAGGAGCUCUAAAACAAUUCUGGCUUUUCUCUUGGCCCUAUCAGUGCCAUUUUCGGAGAGUUCCUGCAAUGCUUCUUCUGCAACAAGUUCACUUGCUAGUUUCAACUGCUGCAAGUCACCUGUGCAUAAUGACCAUAAUACAGAAGCGGAAUUCUCCCGGUUGCAAGGGGAACCUGUUCGUAUAACUUCCACCAAAAUAGGGAUUGCGUCGGCUUGAGCAAUUGCCACCUUCCCUUCUUAAUGGCUCACUAAAAUGGCCAGUAUUGCAAGAGUUUCAUCUACCAUCCCACUUCCCACAUCCUUGACCAAUCUCAUCAGCGGGGCCGCAAUACCAGCACUUAC